AUGGCCAAUGACCCUCCACCUUCCGCCGGAGGCGGCUUGUCGCUCUAUGCGAACCUCCUCGACCCCAAGAGCUCUACUCCGGGUUCUAUUUCAAGUGCCCCGGUGAGCUACAAGCAGCUAGAAGCUGCGGAACAAGAUGAUGCUGGAAAGAAACAGCAAGCUCUCGCUGCCUCACUACGUUUUCAACCUACAAGAAGACCCCAGCAAUCUCAGGCUGCUGCCGCCGCCAAAGCCAAGGCCAAAGCCAUUGCCAACAAGUUGUCCGCUGUUCCGCAAGUGCAGCCGCCAAUCGAAAAGCCCCCCGAGCCAGUUCAGGAACUGCCGCAGCCGUCUGCGCCCAAGACCACUAUAGAUGAUUGGACUGCAACUCCGGAUGACGAUGAAUGGUUUCAAGGCGAGAAGCGACAACGCGGCGGACGCAAAAAACGGAAGAAGGACAAGAAAGCGCCUGCGAUGGAACAGAACUGGGAUGACAUCUACGAUCCGAGCCGGCCAACAAAUUACGAGGAGUACAAGCACGGCGAGGAGAAGAUACUCGAGGUCCGCGAGUGGAAAGACUUGCUUUAUCGCCACCGUAUGAGGAAGAGACAGUCUAGCACCGACGAGAGUGACUACGACGAGAGACCCACAAAUAGACGAUUUGCACCUCCAAUGUCGUUCGCCCCGCCUUCGAAUCUCAAUGCCGACCCACCACCGCCACCUGCCGAUGUGCCUGAUGAUGUAUCAGGGGACGAUGUUUGGGCCAGGAGGAUGCGUAUGAGUCAAGUGCCACCUCCGCCCGCCGAUGUUCCGAACGACCCCACAGGCGAAGACGCCUAUGCUCGCAGAAUGCAGAUGGCACAGGCCGUAGCUCCUCCACCGCCUCCGCCACCUCCAGAUGUGCCACCGCCAACCGGCAUGAUAUCACGCGCACCUGUCCGCUAUAGCCUACCGGAGGCACCGCCUGAAAUUCCAGCCUCGGAGACAGAGUUGGAGGAGAAGCUUGAGGCUGAAACUACCGAACAUGAUCAGUCAAAAUCUAGCCGACCCGGACAGUCAGGGUUCGCUGAACGGCUUAUGGCCAAGUAUGGAUGGUCCAAGGGUCAAGGACUGGGAGCUAAAGGCACUGGCAUCAUCAACCCACUCUAUGCCAAGGCAGAUGUGCGGAAAAAGAAGUCGGAUGCGGAGGGCGGUGGCUUUGCAACACCAGCCAGCACAGGCAAGAUCUUGGGUGGUCGGAAGGCGAAGGGCGUCGAGGCCGAGGAAGCUGGCAAAUUUGGUCCUAUGUCAGAAGUGAUUCGACUGGAGCACAUGCUAGAUGGCAUGGAUGUUGACGCCGAAUUAAACCGAGGUGAAGGAGGCAUCAUGCAAGAGAUUGGCGAGGAGUGUGGAGAGAAGUAUGGUACGGUUGAGCGUGUCUACAUCCAUCGACGCUCGAUGGAGGAUGGUGGACCUUUGGUCUUUGUUCGGUUCGUCAGCCAGCUGAGUGCCCUUCGCGCGGUCAACGCGUUAGAGGGCAGAGUGUUUGGUGGCAAUGCCAUCACCGCGCGCUUCUGGGAUCGUGAGCAGUUCGACAAGGACAAUUUCGAGUGA